CGGUUUACAGUUAGAUACAGUUCUAGUAAUAAAAAGGUACACGGGUUUGUGUUCAUCUGAAUUGCUAACCAGUUAGCUGUGGAAGAAGAUGAAGAAGAUCUUAGUGGUGUUUGAUUUUGAUCACACGCUGGUCGACAGCAACAGUGACACAUGGCUGAUCCAAUGCGCACCUGAGCAGAGCUUACCUGCCUGGCUUGAGAAUUCAUACCAGAGAGGACGCUGGACCGAGUACAUGGGUCGAGUGUUUACAUACAUCGGAGAUCAGUCUGUCCGUCCGGAUGCCAUACGGGAAGUCAUGCAGAUGAUCCCAUUCACGGACGGAAUGAUUGACCUGCUCAAGUUCAUCUAUCAAAGCAAGAGCGACAUUGAUUGCAUUAUUGUCUCUGAUUCUAACACUCUGUUCAUAGACUGGAUUUUAGAAGCCGGUGGUGUGACAUGUGCCAUCGAUAGCGUCUUCUCAAACCCGGCCAAGAUUGACCAGCGUGGGUACAUUGAAGUCCGGUGCUUUCAUUCGCACUCGUGCGAGCGCUGUCCGGUUAACAUGUGCAAGCAGAAAGUGUUAAGUGAUUUUCGAGACCAGCAGGCGGACGCUGGGGUCCAAUACCACACUGUGUGUUAUGUAGGAGAUGGAACAAAUGAUUUCUGUCCCGUUAAGAUUUUAAACGAGGGGGAUAUUGCGAUGCCACGGAAAGGGUACAGCCUUGAAAAACUGCUGGCCAAAACCAGGAGUGAAAGUAAUGCCCCUAAGGCGCAAGUGAUACCCUGGAGCAGCGGGACUGAAAUACUUAACCAGCUGAAAAUCAUCCAAAAGCAGGCUGAACUAUUUUAAAGCAGUAGUGAACAGCUAAUUAUUUAUAGUACUGUGCAAAAGUCUUAGGCACCCUUUUUUCAAAUAAACUUUGUUAUAAAUUUCUAUUUUAUGACUUCUACAUCAUCAAGUCAGGAAGAAUAUUUUAGAGUUCCAAACGUUAGUUUUCCAGCACAAAAUUAAACGUUACAGAAAAAACAAUUGGUAUCUGAGCAGCAUAUUACAUAAGAGAUUAAAAAAAGAAAACAUAAUGAAGGCUGCUGGGUUUUGGUGCAAAAUGAAGAAGCGAGUGUGCCAGUCAAAGUGUCCAGAAGAACUGUGGCUGGUUCUGUAAGAUGCUCAGUAAAACCUACAGCUCAUUUCCGCAUAAAACUGCACCUCGGAGUACUUUUUUAUUUUUAUUUUUUUUAAAAAGCAAAACGUACCUUUGCACAGUACUGUAUAUAGAGAUAUAAUAUAAAAUAGCUUCAUAUCGUCUGAAGAAUAAUAAUUAGAGCCGAGCAGUGGAUGAGUCGCAGCUCGGACAGUUCUGCAGUUUAAAUGAAAAACUUUAGCUACAUUUGUAAUGAGUUUAUCGAUUUGUUGCUUGAUUCUGUAUUUUAAUUUUUGCUUUGAUUUCAUUUUUGUUUCGUUGAUGUCACAGGAGUACAUUGUUAUUGCUAGUGCAGUUACUAUGGUGUUUAAUAUCAGGAAAAAAAACACACGAAAAGCUCGAACACGAGGGACAGUGAUCCUGUUUCACUUUCUCAUUAAAAACGAAACCAUAAGAGCUGCAUGUCUCAUUCACUGUUUUCCACGUCACGUUAAUGAAAAAUCCAGCGUAGAUGUAGUAGAGACAGUGGUGCAAAUGCAGGACUCGAAAUCCCAGAAUGCAGUGCAGCUGUACGAAGCAGAUAUGCUGAGUCAUGGCAGUGUUUCAGCUCUCAAGCAACAAGACUCUGAGCUCAGAGAGUUUGCAGAAAAGUCAAUCGAUAACAAAAGCCGAGUCAGUCAGUCUGCACAGUGAUCUGACUCUAAAUCACAAAGUGUUCAUUUUUAUAGUGUUCUAACAUCGUGUUUGAGACAAUUUUCUAACUAUAAUGAAUUCUGAUUGGUUGGUUCACACACCUCAGGCCAUCCUUAAAAAAAAUCCGUUUCCUGUCCACCGGGUGAGCAAAAAAAUUUUCAGUAGGGAGGGAGGGAUUUUUUUUUUUGUAAUUCGUUCUUUUUAUUUGCUACAGGCACAGUUUUUAAUUCUGUCCAGCCAACCUGCAUUAGUUCCGUAAACGCAUUUUUUUUGUUCAGUUCCGUUCUCAUUUUGAAUAGAUCUACACUACCGUUCAAAAGUUUGGGGUCACUUUGAAAUGUCCUUAUUUUUGAAAGAAAAGCACUGUUCUUUUCAAUGAAGAUCACUUUAAACUAAUCAGAAAUACACUCUAUACAUUGCUAAUGUGGUAAAUGACUAUUCUAGCUGCAAAUGUCUGGUUUUUGGUGCAAUAUCUCCAUAGGUGUAUAGAGGCCCAUUUCCAGCAACUCUCACUCCAGUGUUCUAAUGGUACAAUGUGUUUGCUCAUUGCCUCAGAAGGCUAAUGGAUGAUUAGAAAACCCUUGUACAAUCAUGUUAGCACAGCUGAAAACAGUUUAGCUCUUUAGAGAAGCUAUAAAACUGACCUUCCUUUGAGCAGAUUGAGUUUCUGGAGCAUCACAUUUGUGGGGUCGAUUAAAUGCUCAAAAUGGCCAGAAAAAUCUCUUGACUAUAUUUUCUAUUCAUUUUACAACUUAUGGUGGUAAAUAAAAGUGUGACUUUUCAUGGAAAACACAAAAUUGUCUGGGUGACCCCAAACUUUUGAACGGUAGUGUAAAGUGUAAAAGUAGGUAAUGAAUUUCGCAUAACAAAACUCAAAAGCUGUUUGUAACGUCUCAGAUGGAUCAAGAUCAAACGAAUUUUCCAGUAACGGUUUGUGAUGGUCCGACACAUGGACUUUUUGUAGUUCUAAAUCGACCGUAGGCCUAGUUCGGAUGAAAUUACACUAUUAAAAUGAUCACUGAAUGAUUUGUUUUUCUGAAUCUUUACUAUUUUGUUGUUCGCUAGAAUACCAUUUUGCGAUUUCACACUUAAGCAAAUGUUUGAAAACUCUGGAUCUCCUUCCUUCAUGGUGGCUGCCGUUUUUUUUGUGCCGCAUGUGCAGAGCUGAUUUGAUUCUAUAUUAUGCGCGGAAUGCAUAAAUGUCAAGUUCGAUUUUAGAUUUACGAACCCGAAAAAAAUUUCGAAAAACCGGCAUUAAAAAAAAAAAUUUCAACCGCACAAACGGCACUCACCCGGCCGGUGGACCAGAAGCAGAAAAUUUUUUAAUAAUGGCCUCACCAGACUAGACCUCGCUUCCACCAGUAUUUUCAGUUGGUCCAUAUAAAUCCUCAAAGCUAUAAGUUUGUCUCCACCAAUAUUUCCAGCAUGGCACUGAUGUCCAUCCAUUAUCUGUAGCCGCUUAUCCUGUUCUACAGGGUUGCGGGCAAGCUGGAGUCUAUCCCAGCUGACUAUGGGUGAGAGGCGGCGUACAAGUUGCCAGGUCAUCGCCGGGCUGACACAGAGACAAACAACCAUUCACACUCAUGGUCAAUUUUAGAGCCACCAAUUAUCCUAACCUGCAUGCCUUUGGACUGUGGUGGAAACCCACGCAGACAACAUGCAAACUCCACACAGAAAGGCCCUCAUCGGCCGCUGGGCUCGAACCCAGGACCUUCUUGCUGUGAGGCAACAGCGCUAACCAGUCAUUUUUUUUUUAAAGAAUACUUUCAGUUCUCGCGCUACCAAUAUUUCCAAGGCCACACUGAGCUAACUAAAAAAUAUAAAUAAUCAUUCAAACAAAACGUUAUUUUGAUUUUGUACAUGAUUCAAAGUUCUGUAAAAAUAUGUUUGAACAAAUCUGCCUGUAAUUUCUUUUCAAAGUGUAUGUAAUGCCUUAUUGUAAUGCUUUAAAAUGAAUAUAUAUCAUUAGUAACAACCAAAAUGAAUUAAUAAAGCAGGGAGGAAAUAA